ACUGUAAACAUCAGCCGCGCGGCAGAGGGGAAAGUGGCGACUGUUCUUACUCCGGGUGUCUCAGCAUCAUCAACGAACACAUAAAUAUGAAAAACGUGUCCAAGCCAGACACAAUGAACUCCGCUUGCAACUAUUCCGUGGAAUUUUAUUCCUUUAAUUUCAACAACCGGACCGAUCUAAACUGCACUUCACCAGCGCAGUUCUUCUACCAAGAUUUCUACGUCGUCCUGCCGGUCAUAUACUCGGUCAUAUGCGCGGUGGGAUUGACUGGCAACACUGCUGUCAUUUAUGUCAUCCUCAAAGCGCCCAAAAUGAAGACGGUCACCAAUAUGUUUAUACUCAACUUGGCCAUCGCCGAUGAUUUAUUUACUUUAGUCCUCCCAAUCAACAUCGCAGAACAUCUCCUACAUUACUGGCCUUUCGGCGAGACUCUGUGCAAGAUCAUACUCUCCAUAGACCACUACAACAUAUUCUCCAGUAUCUACUUUCUCACGGUAAUGAGCGUUGAUAGGUACCUGGUGGUGCUCGCGACCGUGCGCUCCAAGAGGAUGCCCCACCGCACUUACCGUGCAGCCAAAACCGUAAGCGUCUGCGUGUGGACACUGGUCAUUCUAAUAGUCAUGCCUUUCACCGUGUUCGCAGGAAUUUACGUUAAUCCCGAAGAUAGGGAUAGGAAGAGUUGCGUCUUGAGUUUCCCCAGUCCGGAGAGUUUCUGGUUUAAAGCGAGUCGGAUUUACACUCUGCUCCUCGGCUUUGCCAUCCCCGUCUCCACCAUCUGUAUCCUGUACACAAUGAUGCUGUACAAGCUGCGGAACAUGCGGCUGAACUCCAACGCCAAGGCUCUAGACAAAGCAAAAAAGAAAGUGACGAUAAUGGUGUUCAUCGUCCUCGCAGUCUGCCUGUUCUGCUGGACGCCGUUCCAUCUCAGCACCAUCGUCGCCCUCACAACGGACCUGAACUCAACGCCGCUAGUGAUUGGAAUCUCUUAUUUCAUUACAAGUCUAAGCUACGCAAAUUCGUGUCUAAACCCUUUCCUAUACGCUUUCCUUGACGACAGCUUUAGGAAGGCGUUCAAGAAAAUGUUGGAGUGUAGACAAUCUUGA